UCUCGGGCUGCGGCUGCCGCGGGAGAGGCGUCCACAGCGGCGGAGCGAGCGGCGGAGCGGGCGGCUGAGCAGGAGCGAGGCGGCGACAGCGGCUACGACUCCGAGUACCACUCCCGUAAGGACAGAGAGUCUCGGGGACUACGGACCUAAUUUGGAGAGCCUCUUCCUGUGGCCUUAUAGCUGCCCUGCCGGUUCGUGCCUUCGGUCUGGAUUGGUGACCCACGACCACUGGAGACUAUUUCCAGACUGAAGUGGAAGCCGUCAGGAGACAGUGGAGACAGCCUUCCCAACACAGCAGACUAAGUCCAAGGCUUUUCCAAGCCCAGUGCUCCAGCUUCUGGGCCUUCUUACCCCACCCUGGUGUCUCUCUCCGCAUGUGAUUCGGGACGUCUGGCCUGGGUGGGCUGAUACUCAGCUUUCUUAGGUUUGCUGGCAUGGGAAACUUGCUCAAAGUCCUGACCCGGGAAAUUGAGAAUUAUCCACACUUCUUCCUGGAUUUUGAAAAUGCCCAGCCUACAGAAGGAGAGCGAGAGAUAUGGAACCAGAUCAGUGCCGUCCUCCAGGAUUCUGAGAGCAUCCUCACAGACUUACAGGCUUACAAAGGUGCAGGACCAGAGAUUCGAGAUGCAAUUCAAAAUCCCAAUGACAUUCAACUUCAGGAGAAGGCUUGGAAUGCAGUCUGUCCUCUGGUGGUGAGGCUGAAGAGGUUUUACGAAUUUUCCAUCCGUCUUGAAAAAGCACUUCAGAGUUUAUUGGAAUCUCUGACGUGUCCACCCUAUACCCCAACCCAGCACCUGGAACGGGAGCAAGCCCUCGCAAAGGAAUUUGCAGAAAUCUUACAUUUUACGCUUCGAUUCGAUGAGCUGAAGAUGAGGAACCCAGCUAUUCAGAACGACUUCAGUUACUAUCGAAGAACAAUAAGUCGUAACCGCAUCAACAACAUGCACCUAGACAUUGAGAAUGAAGUUAAUAAUGAGAUGGCCAAUCGAAUGUCCCUCUUCUAUGCAGAAGCCACGCCGAUGCUGAAGACUCUUAGCAAUGCCACAAUGCACUUUGUCUCUGAGAAUAAAACCCUGCCAAUAGAGAAUACCACGGACUGCCUCAGUACCAUGACAAGCGUCUGUAAAGUCAUGCUGGAGACACCGGAGUACAGGAGCAGGUUUACAAGUGAGGAGACACUGAUGUUCUGCAUGAGGGUGAUGGUGGGGGUCAUCAUCCUCUAUGACCAUGUGCACCCCGUGGGAGCCUUCUGCAAAACAUCCAAGAUUGAUAUGAAAGGCUGCAUAAAGGUGUUGAAGGAACAGGCCCCAGACAGUGUGGAAGGUCUGCUGAAUGCUCUCAGGUUCACUACAAAGCACUUGAAUGAUGAAUCGACUUCCAAACAGAUUCGUGCGAUGCUUCAGUAGAGCCAUGCUCAGAGAGGAGGAUCUAUGCUGACCUCAGAAGAUGUAUAUGUUUACAUAAUUUAAUACAGAUUGAUGUUAAUACUUGUGUAUUUACAUAACCAUUUCCUUCUUGUCACUGAAAUAUAUGGACCUUAAUUUGUAUCCUGACUGAUUCAACCCAGCAGAGCAUAAAUUGACUUGAGAGCCUUACCUUUGAUGUCGGAAGCAAAACUCCUUUCUCCAAGGGCCAGAUUCAGAAACGUCGACCUUGGCUGCUGGAGUCCUGAGUCCUGUAGUGAUACCUGUAAAAAUCAGAAAUUCUUAAUCGCUUGUAUUGUUUUAAUUCUAGAUGUUUUCUCUCUCUGGGAGUAUAUAUAGUUUAUAGAAACACAAAGUACUUGAUUUCCUGUGUCGGCUCAGAUACAAGAAACACACACACCUGUUACCCUGACGGAGCACAGAGAGAGAAGAAUCCCAGAUAAGAAAACUGCAUGUAGAGAGUGGAACACAAGGUUCUGAGUUCAGCACGUCCCUUGCCCCGCCCUCUUCCUGUCACCUGCAAACCUCACGUGCAGCUUUUCUAUACACACGUGCUUUAAUAAUCUGAACAUUCCCCUUCUGUCUCGGGUUGGGUCCCUUUCAUUCCCUUUUAGUAUUUGCAAGAGGAAAAUUGUGUCUGUUUUAAUCAGCUAAUGAGGAGACUAUGGGAUAGUCAGAGGGCUGCUUGCAGGAGGAUUGAGAAAAGUGAAUAUCUUAAGACUAUUAGAGAGGAGAGAGAGAGAGAGAGAGAGAGAGAGAGAGAGAGAGAGAGAGAGAGAGAGAAGGACAGUCAUAUCUAUGUCAACCCUCUACCUGCAGGGACAGAUAAGUGGAACUCUGGUUGUGAGAUCAUAAAUAAGAUCAGUCAAUUAUUCUCAGGAGUCUGCAGGGUUCUAGGUACACCACCCAUCUUAAUAAGGAAGGCCCCAUUCUCUAUCAAAAUGGACUGUUCAUGUCAGAGCUGAGAACUAAAGCACUUUGUUAAUUGUCAGAAAACUGGAGGAAUUUAGAGAGAAGAAAUCUAUGACUUCUGAUUACCUGGAGUCAGCCCACACCAGUCUGAGUACUUUGGCAAAUUCACUUUUCGUCUCACCUUCCAUAUAUAUAUGUGUGUGUAUAUACAUAUGGAUGGAGAGGUGGAUCAGUAGUUAAGAGUACUUGUUGCUAUUGCAGAGGACCUGGAUUCAAUUCCUACCACCCACAUGGUGGCUCAUAACUACUCAUUACUCUAGUUGCGGGGAUCCAAUACCCUCUUCUGAUAUACAUGCAGGAAAAAAUACUUAGACACAUGAAGUAAGAUAAAUCUUUUUUAAAAUCUAAAAUGGAAGACUAGUAGGAGCCACUACACCAACCUUCCUUCAUGCAUAAAUUCCAAUGAGUAUUAUCCUACCCAUCUUGAUGAAUAUCAAUAUCUCAGGACUGCAGUAAUUCUGCCUAUAAGUCAGAACUGAGUUAGCAUGGAAUCUUGAAACAUAUUCUGACCUCCAAUGAAAAGAUAUGGGCAUACAAGGUGAGUCGUACAUAGAACUAAAUCCCUGAGUGUUUUCCACCUGACUCUUGUCCUGAUCACCAUGUGGCCUAAGAAUAUACUGUGGAGUGUAUGGACCAUUGUAGAGACAUUUUUAGUCUAGCCUGUUUUAUUACUUGUAUAUCUCUGCUAGAAGGAGAAAAUUUUCCAGACAACCGAUGAAUGAUAAUCCUAGAAGUCAGGUCUAGGAUGAUUAUAGGGUGUGGUAUCAUUUUAUUUGCAACAUCCCAAGGCAAUACUUCCAGACUAGGGUGGCUAUCCAACAUUCCUUUGAGUCCUUCAAGAAAGAGGAUACUUGGUUUAUUUUUUAAAAAAUGCAGACAAAUGGGAGAACUGGUUCCCCAGUUUAUGUCAUUGUAGUCAAAAGAGAGCAAAAAGACCGUGUCGCUUGCAGCUUUACCAGCAAAGGAAGUGCAGCCAUUGACUGACCUAAGCAUUCUUACCCAGAAAGAGUCAUGCUAGAUGGCUUCCAUGAUCUUGUCAAACCUAGGAAUUCCAAAAUCCAGAGGAAGCCAGAAAACACAUCCUGUGGCAGUGAGACAUUCUCCAUGUUCAGCUUUAGGGAUUUUCUAUUUGGCAGCCAUAGGCAAGGCUUAGUUGAUCAACUCUCAAGCCUACAAGAGCAGAGGUACACAAUAAGCAUUUAUCCAUUUGCCCUUUCCUCAAGAGAGGCGAUUAGGAUUUCAAAGAACAAAGAACUGCCCAGUUUCUCUUGGGCACUUAGACACAGACCCGAGCUGUGAACCCAAGCCACGUAUCUACACCAUAGCUGCCUCUCAGCUGGCUACAUAAGAAAACAUUGGGGAUUAUCUGUCAGAAUAUACAUAGAUAAAUAAAUAAAUAAAUAAAAUAAAUAAAUAAAUAAUAGUUUAGGACAUUUGUAACUCUUAGUUAGACUUUCUAUUAAAUGGGACCAAAUGUGUGUAUGGGUGCUGUCCGUCCUCCUCAGUCGAGCCAGUCCAUUAUGUCCAAGAGGAGACUCAACAGGACUUGGAUUUUGAGAAGCCCAGGGUCUAAAUAAUUGCCUCAGAUCAUCAGGGGGACAGGCUGAGUGUCUGUGAUCACUAACAGAGAGUGGGCCCCGAGUCCGCUCCAUAACUGUUGUGGGAGACCAAUUCUCUUAACAGACUGUCCAGUAGGCAUCAGGAAUCCUUGACCAAUUUGGUUUUUCUUCUUCUUCUCUCUCUUUUUUUUUUGUGCUGCAUGCACAUGUAUCCAACAUUCAUAGGUUGUUUGGGGAAAGUACUAGCAAUGAUGUUAAUAAUACUUCAUAACUAGUAUCUCAUAGCUUUCAAAUAAAGUGUUUUCUAUGACUCAGAUAUUUAAUUUGAAGCAAGAAAGAAGAUAAAAAUGAUGUUUCCCAGCCACGUUGCUACUUUGGGCCUGGUAACCCCUCUCAAGUGCACCUAGGCUUUCAUAGCAAAAGUUGAGUGGAAAGAGAUUUUUAUUUGUGAUGACACAAUAGAGCCAGAAUAUUAGCUAACACCAUGAAGGAGACAUUGGGUGUCUUUAAAUAUUUAGUUCAUAUAUUCCUCAUGGACAUAAACAUACAUUCUUAGUUAUGAUCAUUAUGCCAAACAAGAACAGCAAGCCUAAAUUUGUGAGACAUCAUCACAAUUAAGUCAAAACAAUGUUAUGCUUUUGAAAGGGCAAGAUAAAGCCUGCUCAAUCUAGGGAUCCAGUUGUGCAGUAGAGUUCAGACUUCUCAUUCAAACUUGAGGCAUUUCUCAAGUGUUCUAGAUAUUAAUAACUAACAUUGGGAUUUUCUCUUUGCCGGCCCCAGCCUUCAGAACUCCAUUGUCAUAGUACAUCUGUAAAAAUGGCUGCAUAUGAGAAGGCGCUUUGAAGUGGUUGUAUGUUGUUUGCUGAAGUCAUUGUAAUUUUUUUGUUUGUUUUUUGGGGGUUUUGUUUUGCCUGCAUUGCCGCUUUUUGUACAGAACUUUUGAGUGUGAAAUGAAAAUUAAAGUUUGGUACAUACACAGUUUAAAAUCA